UCAUGUAUGCGUGGCUGGAAAGUCAUCCGAUAGCUCAUUCGGACUCAGAUAUCCUGUCAUUGUCGUGGAAAGGAAGUCUACCUCAGAGUGAAAAAGAAAAGCAAUAUAUUCGUAAACGGAGCUGUGUGACUGGAUGGCUGGCAGUUGGAACAAGAAAAUGUGUUGUUGGUGUCACCUUUUCUUCUAUUCACACACUUAAGGAGUACAACUACCCACUUCGGACAAACUUCAACUUAAGAGGACACAAUGCAGAGGUCGUCCUGGUUCGAUGGAACGAACCAUUCCAGAAAAUGGCUACUUGUGAUGCGAAUGGAGUAAUUUUUGUUUGGAUCAGAUUCGAAUCAAGAUGGUCGAUUGAACUUGUGAAUGACAGACAGCAUCAGGUGACGGACUUUGCAUGGAGUCAUGAUGGUCGGAUGGCAUUGAUAGCGUAUAAAGAUGGCUUCGUGCUGGUAGGAAGUGUUCAAGGCCAGAGAUACUGGAGCAGCCAGUUGAACCUACAACCGCACGGUUCCAGUAUAACUUGCGGGGCUUGGACUGCGGACGAUAAAACAGUGCUCUUCGGAACAAACAGUGGCCAAAUAGUCGCGAUGGACAUCCAUGGAGCUGUUUUGUCACAAGUCGGGCUGAGUGACCGUACAAAACCUAUCCAAUACAUGUGCUACAACUGUGAGAAAUUCCGAAUGUCAUUUGUCACCGAGACUAUCGACGGAGAGAACCGAGUCUCCUCUAGUACGGCUGCCACGACGGCGACGACAACAGCACCGGCUGUUACUUCAGGAGGAGCUGCAUCGUCGGCGACUAAUACAACAACCACUGCUUCUGCGAGUGGUACUCCGGCUAUUGUGAGUACUUCUGGUGCUGGGGCACCGACGACGUCUUCGGCAGCAGGAUCAAGUGCUCCGAUAACGACAGCAACAACAACUCCAGGAACGUCAGCCACAAGCAGCAGCAGCAGUGGUAGCAGUCGGAAUACAUCUAACUACAGUGAGUGUUCGAAACGGAGCAGGAGUAGUCGCAACAAGAACCUCAUGAUGGCUGUGCAAGUGGGCAAUCGGGAGAUCAACUUCAUGAGGAGUUACGACGACGUGGUCGGCAACCUCACAGACACGCAUAUGACUGACCUGAAGAUGGAGUGGAGUGCGUGUGGGAGUCUGUUGGCGGUGGGGGGAUGGUGCUGCACAGACAAGAGCCCCAAGAUCAAGUUCUACUCUCUCAACGGAAUCGUCCGAUUCACACUCAACGUACCCUCCAAGCGUCUCAUCUCAGCACUGACGUGGGCCCACAAUGACAAGCGUCUGUUCAUAGCAGCUGGCGCAGGUGUGUUUGUAGCACUGGUGGAGAAACACCUGUCCUCGUUGCAACAGCUGGCCAGAAAUGCUAUUGUGGAGUCCCUCCAUCCGAGCAGUGAAGGAGACGUGUUGGACUCCAUGGGUCUGUCACAACAUCUGAACAAAUUCGUGUCACAUGCGCUACAGCCAACUAUAACUCCGUGCUUUCCGAAGGGAAUGGACCUAAUGAAGUUCAUCUCUACCCCUCCUCCAGUUCAAAAAGAUGCUCAUACGGGCGAAGAAAAACCGACUCGCUAUUUCUGCACAAUGAUAGUGUACGAGGACGAACGAGGUCGCCAGUCGGCUGCCGAGAAGUACGGGGGUCCCUUCGUUUUAUAUCGCGAAUACCUCGGCGGGUUGGUUCCCCUCCUCCGAGGCGAUAAGAUCAGCAAAGUGCGUCCAGAAUUUGUAGUCUACAACCCUCAGGAAACAAAUAGUCCAGCAGUGGUUGAAGGGGGAUGCUCGGUGGCUCCGGGAGGCUGCUACUUGUGUCACGAUGUGGCGGGUGGAUAUUGUUGCGGGGCGGUGCAGAAUACAGGGUUCUCAAGACAGAAAUCAGGAGUCAGUUUGAUGUCAUCACCAGACACAAAGCGAUGCUUGAGUGACAUCAUGUGUGAUGGGGAUGGAAACGGAGGAGACGACAGCAUAGGAAUUGCAGGAGUUGGACCUUCAGGAGGAGGAGGAGCUGGAGCUUCUGCUUCCAGGGCACCACCGGCUGGUGGCGGGGAGAGUGAGAGAGAUGACGACUUCUCGCCUCUCUCGGGAGCCGAGGCUGACAGAGACGAGUCAGGAUCGUCGCACCGAAGAAGGAAGAAGAAAAAGAAGACGAAAGGCCAGUUCCGCACUCCAGUGGACAAAGUGUCGACCAGGUGCAGAGACACGCCCUUCCCAGACAAACUACCAGAGAAGGAGCCACUCAUCGAGGUGCUGGCUAACCUGUGGGGCACCAAAUUUAGAUUACACGGCAUUCACCCGAAUCUACCGACUGACGUAGGCUACGUGUCCUACAAGACAUCCGUGCUGCACUUGCAACCUCGUCAGAUGACAAUCGCAAUCCCUUUGCUCGAUGGAUCAGCCAAAAAUCCAAAGUCCACUGCACUGGGAACUGUGGUGUUUCCUGGGAGUGGGAACUCACUUGUCGCUCCUCUAAGCCAACACUUGGCAGUCACAGCUCCGAUCUCAACUCCUCAGGCACCCAACACAGUCCCAAUUUGUCCAAGAGGUCCCCCACUUAACGUCGGCAAGGGUCCAGCGAGGGGAUUCAAACCGUUUCCAGGAGCUACAAGUGGCGCCCAUUUUGGAAACCAGUCAUCAAUAGAAGAUAAUGAUAGACAGUCUGCGAGUGUCAUGCAUCCAACUGCGAGACCCUUGGGACCUCUAGGCUUACGACAGUCUUUAAAUGAUAGGCCACCUCAGUUGAAUCACCCGUUGAAUAAUGCGUCUAGUCUCUAUGCUUUGCAGUACCAUUUUCUAGCCAGGCAGCAGCAGAUGCAACGAGCCAGUGCAAACCAGUCGGAGGCUGUUCUGUCACCGGAGUACGGAAGCGACGAGGAGAUAAUGGAACAAAGAGUGAUCCAAGCAGUGACGUCUGUGAAGUCAGGAAAACCGCUGGAAGUUGCAGCUGCAGUUGCGUCAGUGCUCACAAACAGAAGUGACGAUCCGGUGGUGUCGCCGAUGCAAAGAUGUCCCAAGCACCCUGUUGUACCUCUCAUACCUCAAAACAGACAUCAGGAGAACUCCUCUGCGAACUCAUCCAUGCCCCAGAUGCACUCUCAGCAAAAUCCACAUGAUAUGAGAAUGUUCUCGAAUGUUUUCAAUCCAAAUAUGCAACCGGCAAACUACCCAAGUUUCCCAUCUCAUUUACAUGUUUCGGGCCAGCAGUGCACGAAUUUGGCGCACAUUCAAAACCGAUCCAUGGCUGCACCACAAUGUUUUGUCUCGCCAGGGUGUCACAAGCCGACGUUGAAUAAACCGAACCCAAAUGCAAACAGCAGCGUUGCUUUUAUGCAACGAGAAGAGACGUGCUGUCGACCACGGCCGCAAUUCACAGUCAGACCCAAAAGUUGUUUCGCAGGAGGCGGAGUCCAUAGUCGAUCGUGUUCGAACUCAGCGUCGACCAGUGCAAAUAAUAUGUUCCUGAGUUUGCCCCCUGUGCAACCUCCACCUUUGGCCCAUAAACCGCCAAUAACGGGACCCAACGUAGCUUCGAAUAUUUGUCGAAGUGACGACGACUCGGCCGAAAGUGGGACAGAUCUGCAAUGCAGCAGUAGCAACGCGGAGAACAGCCGACCUUCCUCAAGUAGACAACAGUCAAUUCAGAACGCAUGUUCAAACAGGCCUGCAAGCUGUGCUUUGCCUGUGGAGUCCAACACUGAACAGAGAUCAUUAGGAAUGGACAAUGGUUCUGGAGAGUCGAAGCCUUCGGAGGCACAGUCGACGUCGGCAAUCAAUUUCGCCAAUGCGAAUACAACAGACUCGCAUUACGCUGCUGUGCAGUCUACGUCGUCGAGUACGAAUGAUAACUGUUUCUUAUCUCCGCAUAAUUUGUUCACAUGUUUCCAUCAUACUCCGAGUGAUUCAAAUGCCAGUUCCAGCUUGUACCAGUCUAUUCCCUACUACAGAACUAAGUCUUGUCCUCCGACAAAUCAGAACAGCAUUGACAAUAGUACCACUCCACAAAGUAUGUCACUGCAAACAAGCCAAGCAAUGAGCGGCCAUUCUAUUAGUGGUGCUUCGUCUAGUCACCAACAGCCAAGUAAUACACCGAUAUCUUGUCGUCAGGAGGCAGCGGUGAGGAGUAAAUUGGGUCUAAUGAGUCUAGCGCCACCAGCCGCAGCGUUCGGCGGAUCACCCGACCGCAAUCACGCCAGAACCCAGUCGUGGUCAGUGGGGGGAUCGAACCCGAGUUCAGCCAAUCAGAAUAGGAAACAUAGCCCAAGUAGUCGCGGCGCGGGGCCGCAUCCUUCCGGAUCAGGAAGCCAGUAUAAUUUGUGCAAUAAUAAAUCGGCCAAUAUUGGAGACACUUCGGAUAGUGAGUGUUAUCUGAGCGGAGACGAAGCUGCGGGUGGCGCCGUAGUGAUAGCAAAUCCUGAAAUCAGACGCAGACAGAUGCGGAAAUUCCGGAAGCUGCCACGGAAGCCGGAGAAUCUUCCGAAGCGGUCGGAGAAGGAGGAGUUUGUGAUGUUGAACAAGUCGCCGAUCUGGAACGAGAGCACCCAAGUCUACCAACUGGACUUCGGAGGCAGGGUCACCCAGGAGUCGGCCAAGAACUUUCAAAUUGAACACAGCAAAGACCAGGUUCUGCAAUUUGGGCGGAUAGAUGACAACGCUUACACGUUGGAUUUCCAGACACCUUUCUCAGCUCUUCAGGCAUUCGGAAUUGCUCUUGCAAAUGUGACCCAGCGACUCAAAUAAUUCAGUGCGGAACUAGGGAAAUACAAACGGAUGAAAACGGCGAGGCACAAUAUUCGAACGGAACCCAUCAUUUUCCGAACAGAACUAACUCUAUUCCUUAUGAUCCUCGAAAUAUGAUGAUUUUCACCGAGUCAUUUACGCAAUCAAUUGAUGCCAAUUCUAACAAAAGUAGAUUGAAAUCUACUCAUAUUUUUUUGAUUUUCAAGACCAGCAUUCCCAGACUGACAAUACUCGAGAGAUUGCUAAUAUUGUUGAUUCGUGGAUUCGUUUCACAUUUGCGAAAGCAAGUGUUUUGUAUGAUUUGAAAAUACUCGCUGUUAAAAGGAGUUACUGGUCUUGAUAAUCGUAGAUACUAUAUAAUUCAACAAUUUUUGCUGUUAAUUAGCGACCCGAUUAGUUAGUUUUCUAUAAGUAUAGUUUCGAUAAAUUAUGUCUCGAUAAGUAAGCAUGCUAUGAUAUAUGUUAUUUUGGCAACUUUGAUCCAACGAAUUUGGAGUGAUUUUGGAAAAGUUGAUUUGUACACUUAAUGUACUAUUCCUCUUUAAAGCUUGCAUCGUUCUGCUACUUUAGUUGUUUUUUAUUGAUGUUUUCGUGCAAAAUACCAUAGUACGCAACCUCUAAUAUCAUUUUAUCAUCCAAAACUUAUAAGUAAUCCUGAAUAGUUUUAGUUAAAUGUUAAUUAACUUUUAA